AUUAAUCUCCCCUCCCAAGCCACUAUAAGUACUGCCAAAAAACCAACUCCAAAUUAAUCACCAUCAUCAAUAACAAGAAGAAAAAAAAAGAAUCUUUAUUUAUUUCCAAGAAUAUGGGAAAGAAGAAAUCUUUCCUUGGGCUCUUCAAAGUGAAGACGAAGGACGAGAAGGCAAAGAGACUAAGGAGGGAAGAAGAGGAGGAGGAGAGGGUGGCGGCGGAGCCGGUGGCUAAGGUGUACUACAAAGUACGGCCGAGCGACGAAGACCGCCCCAACUGGGUGGCCGACCCCCUCAUCGACGCCAAAGCCACCGCCUUCCUGAAGAUCAAACGGCGGCAGUUUCUGGGCAUUGCCGAGGACGACGACGACGGCAAAGCCUCCAAAUGACUUUGUUCAUGAUCAAACAUUCAAACCCACUUUCAUUUUGGUUUUGAAUAUGUUAUUAGAUAUAUCUUUGGAGCAUAAAAUGCGGGCUGAAAACGUAAAAGUGAUCCCGUUGGGCUCUACCCCACCCCAACAUAUGGUGAUAAAGAAACAGUCCAGGCCCAAUCCUCCCAUACACACAAGAAGUUUGAGAGAAGCUGCCUAAAAAAAGGAGAGAGAGACGUGUGAGAUAGAAUAGCCGAAGAGUCCCUCUCCUACGUUGGGUCGGCUUCUACAAGCAUAGUUGGAGCAGGAGAAUCCGCAGCAAGAAAUCAGCGUCAAGAACCCCAAUCCGAGACGGAAGAGACAAAGCCAGCGCCUAUAAAUUGAGGGAGAUGCUGCGAAGAACACCACCACCGAUCAGAGUAAAAAUCAGAGCUGAAAUUCCAAAAGGGUAUGAACCCUAGGGGGUUCGGAUCUUGUAUCCGAAACCCCCUUUUGCUAAAUUCUUCUUUUCCAUGUUUUUUUUCCUUUUAAAUUGUUACUGAAAUAGUGUUCGUUUGCUUUCUUAGUUCUGGAAUCGGUUUAAUUCUCUUAGCCCAAGCUUGGUACACGGAAUUCAAACUAUGAAAUUGGAAUUGAGGACUUCAAUUUCAAAUCUCGUGUUUGGUAGCACAAAAAUUAUAUGGAUUUGGAAUUGGUAGUGCAAAAAAUGAAUUGGGAUUGG